GUGGACUAUCCCGGAGCGGCUGUGGAUAGCUGUCCUCAAAAGUGCCUGAAAAUCUCACUCCGGCAGUCCCGCUUCCCCCACUCGGCUCUCGGCCGCGGCCAGCGGGUCUGAAGGCCGAGCUGAAGAGGCUCCGGGCUCCUGCAGGGUGUCGGAGCUCAUUCGUCCAGACCGGGCCGCUGCCGUUUCUUCAGGCUGUUAACGCUGAGAAGGGGUUAAAGCGGCGGCAGGACCCCUCAAUGGCGGCUCGCAGGGAAACCCGGGUAAGAUAACGGUGAACUGAGCUGUGUCCGGUUUUCUUGCGGUCAGUCAGGACAUUCGGCAGGGUUUACAGUCCGCACGGCCGCAGUCGUGUAAGACCAUGAGGAUCCUCUGGCUGCUGCUGAUGCUGAUUCAGCUUCACCAUGCUCACUCAGCAUCGAAAGGGGUCACUGCCAGUCUGAAGGCCAAAUGGCCUCAGACUCCACUCUUGCUGGAGACCAGCGAGUUCAUCAGUGAAAGUGGUGAUGAAAGGUUUUGGCAGUUUGUCGACACUGUGAAGGAGGUGACGGUGUACAAACACGGAGAAUCUGUCCGAUCGUACUAUAACCUGAUCGUUAGAAAGGCCAGUCAGUUCCUGUCGGGUCUUCAGGUCAGCCUGCUCAAGCUCGCCCUGUCUCUCAGAGCCUACUCACCUGCUGUGCAUGCAUUCCAACAGAUUGCCAGCGAUGAGCCUCCACCUGAGGCGUGCUCUGCGUUUGUGUCCGUGCACGGUCAGCACGCCUGCAGCACCAAGGAAAUGAAGAAGCUCCUAAAGGCUGCCGCAGGCAGGCCAAAGCCAUACCUUUACAAGAAUGAUCACAAGUACCCAGGAGCCAAUGGGACAGAUCUUCCUGUUGUUAUUCUCUACGCCGAGAUCGGCACAAAAAAAUUCAACACAUUCCAUAAGGUUCUUUCUGAGAGAGCCGAAGAGGGGAAGCUGGUCUAUGUGCUGCGGCAUUUCGUGGCUGACACAAAGAAGCAGAGCAUGCUUUUAUCUGGAUAUGGAGUAGAACUGGCAAUCAAAAGUACCGAGUAUAAAGCUGUGGAUGACACCCAAGUUAAAGAUUCUAAAUCAUCCACAACCUUUGAGGAAGACGACACUGAUGAGGUCCAAGGGUUUUUGUUUGAAAAAUUAAAGGAGUCUCAUCCGGAGCUGCGGGAGCAGUUAGGCGAACUGAAGAGGCAUCUGCUGGAAAGCACCAACGACAUGGCCCCUCUCAAAGUGUGGGAGCUGCAAGACCUGAGUUUCCAGGCAGCGGCUCGGAUCAUGUCCGUGCCAAAGUUUGAUGCCCUCAAAUUGAUGCGAGAUCUCAGCCAAAACUUCCCCAGCAGAGCGAGAUCACUGACGAGAGUGGCUGUAAACCAAGACAUGAGGAAAGAAAUUGAGGAGAGCCAAAAGCGGCUGAGCGAGACUAUGGGAAUCCACCCUGGAGAUGCCAGUCUCUUUAUUAAUGGAAUACACAUUGAUCUGGACCUUCACAACCCUUUCAGCAUACUGGAUGUUAUCCGGGGAGAGGCAAAGCUCCUGGAGGGUCUUCAUAACUUGGGCAUCAGAGGGACCAGCAUGAGCAAGUUCCUGCGGCUACCGGUGACCACUGUGGAGGACACUUAUGCUCUGGACAUCAGACACUCUGCUAUAAUGUGGAUUAAUGAUAUUGAGAGGGACUCGACGUACCGGGAUUGGCCUUCUAGCCUCCAGGAGCUCAUCAGAGCUACAUUUCCUGGAGUGAUCCGACAAAUCAGAAGAAACUUCUUUAACUUGGUUUUGUUUCUUGACCCAGUCCAGGAAGACAGCAUCGAGCUGGUCAAACUGGCUGAGCUCUUUUACAAGCAUAGGAUUCCCCUCAGGAUUGGAUUUGUCUUUGUUGUCAAUACAGAUGACAAAGUGGACGGGUACGAGGACGCUGGGGUCGCUUUCUUUAGAGUGUUGAACUACAUCGCUGAGGAGUACGACAUGACACAGGCCUUCUUAUCCAUGGUGUCUGUGAGUGGCCCUAGCAUGUAUAACAGAGUCGAUGUCGGAGAUUCCUUAUCCGUUCACGCAGUGACUGCAUAUCUGAAGAAGAAAUUUCCAAAAGCGAAUGCUGACAGAAUUCUUGGGGAGGACUCAGAAUAUGAUGACAAGCGCAAGGCUGGAGGAGUGUUCUACAGGAAGAGCGGCCUGGGAGCGCUUCCUGUGGCCCUGUUUAAUGGGGUUCCGCUCAGCAGUGAGGAGAUGGACCCGGAUGAGCUGGAGACCAUCCUGCUCCAGCGCAUCAUGGACACCACCAACUUCUUCCAGAGAGCUGUUUUUAUGGGUCAGAUUUCUGAAGGUAUGGAUGUGGUGGACUUCCUGAUGGACCAGGCGAACGUAGUGCCACGCAUUAACCCUGUGGUUCUGAGCCCAGACAGGAGAUAUCUGGACUUCACUGCAUCACCAGUUGCCGAUGACUGGGAUGACUCAACAAUGUUCUCGUUUCUGGACUCCAAGGACAAGACUGCUGUUGUUUCCCAGAGAAUGAAGUAUUUAACCAAGCAUGAAGAGGAGAUGGUGUAUGGAGUGACCAUUUGGAUUAUUGCGGAUAUUGAGAAGGCCCCUGGGAGGCAGAUGUUGCUGAAUGCCUUGAAACAUAUGAAGUCCAGUAGUUCCAGUAGUCGGGUUGGGGUGAUUAAUAACCCAAGCAGUGAGCCCACAGAAGACAACAGCAGCCUAUACCGAGCCAUCUGGGCCUCCAUCCUUACCCAGACCGCCAAGAACACCCUCGACUUCACCCUCAAACUCUUGAAAGAGGAGACCGUUCAGCUCCUCACACGAGGCACCAAGAUUAAAGACCUGCUCUUACAGGGAAUGGACCAGGAUGCUUUUGAGAAGAAGUUCAACACUCUGGAGAUGAACUUUCUGCACAGCCAGCAGAGGUUCUGUCAGGAGGUGAUGAAGCUGAAGGCAGGACAGAGGGCUGUGGUCAGCAACGGCAGGAUCCUGGGUCCAUUUGCAGAAGAGGGGGAGUUCAGUAUAGAUGAUUUCCACCUGCUGGAGAAGAUCACAUUGAGCACCUCAGCCGAGAAGAUCAAAACUAAAGUCAAGCAAAUGAACCUGACUCCCAAAAAGGCGUGUGAUCUCAUUAUGAAAGUGGAUGCUCUGCUCUCCACUGCUCCCAAAGGAGAAGCCCGGAAGGAUAUCAGAUUUAUGAAAGACAAACACAGUGUUUUGCAUCUGGCUCCAAGGGAGGAUGAGGUGUUCUAUGAUGUGGUCGCGGUCGUGGACCCACUCACAAGAGAAGCUCAGAAAUUGGCUCCGCUAUUGAUUGUGCUUGGUCAAGUGGUCAAUAUGAGACUGCAGGUGUUCAUGAACUGCCGAGCCAAGCUGUCCGAGAUGCCCCUGAAGAGCUUCUAUCGAUUUGUGAUGCAGGCGGAGGUGUCUUUCUUGGGGAACGAUACAAUGUCACCUGGCCCAGUGGCCCGCUUCACUGAAAUCCCAGAAUCCCCUCUGCUCACACUGAACAUGAUCACACCGGAGAGCUGGAUGGUGGAAGCAGUUCGGAGCCGGCAUGACAUAGACAACAUACACCUACAGGAGGUCAGCGGGGUGGUGAAUGCGGAGUACGAGUUGGAGUACCUGCUGCUGGAGGGACACUGCUUUGACCUGUCCACAGGUCAGCCUCCCCGGGGCCUGCAGUUCACUCUGGGUAUGAAGCAGAACCCUCUCAUGCAGGACACAAUCGUCAUGGCCAAUCUGGGUUACUUCCAGCUGAAGGCCAACCCGGGUGCUUGGAUCCUCAGGUUGCGCAAGGGCAGAUCUGAGGACAUCUAUCAAAUACAAGCGCAUGAUGGAACAGACUCGCCCGCAGAUGCCGGAGAUGUUAUCGUGGUGCUCAACAGCUUCCACAGCAAGAUCAUCAAAGUCAGAGUUCAGAAAAAGCCUGACAAACUUAACGAAGAUCUCCUCAGCGAGACUACAGAAAGCAAAGGCCUGUGGGAUUCUAUAACGAGUGUGUGGAGUACUUUGGAGAGAAGUCUAACAGGCGGCUCCAGCGUGGAAGAAGCGGAGAAGAAGAAGGAGGAUGUGCUCAACAUCUUCUCAGUGGCCUCUGGACAUCUGUACGAGCGCUUCCUGAGGAUAAUGAUGCUCUCUGUCCUCCAGCACACGAAAACCCCCGUCAAGUUUUGGUUCCUGAAAAACUACCUCUCCCCCUCCUUUAAGGAGUUCAUUCCCUACAUGGCGGAGGCGUACGGUUUCCAGUAUGAACUGGUGCAGUACAAGUGGCCCCGCUGGCUGCAUCAGCAGACGGAGAAGCAGAGAAUCAUCUGGGGCUACAAGAUCCUCUUCUUGGACGUCCUUUUCCCUCUAGCUGUGGAUAAGAUCAUCUUUGUUGAUGCUGAUCAGAUUGUCAGGGCAGAUCUGAAAGAGCUGAGGGAUUUGGACCUGGAAGGCGCUCCCUAUGGGUACACACCAUUCUGCGACAGCCGGAGAGAGAUGGAGGGUUACCGUUUCUGGAAGAUGGGUUACUGGGCAUCGCACCUGGGUCAUAGGAAAUACCAUAUCAGUGCACUGUACGUGGUGGACCUGAAGAAGUUCAGAAAGAUUGCAGCAGGAGAUCGCCUUCGUGGACAGUACCAAGCCUUGAGUCAAGAUCCCAACAGCCUUUCCAAUCUGGACCAGGACCUCCCCAAUAACAUGAUCCAUCAAGUGGCCAUCAAGUCUCUUCCUCAGGAGUGGCUGUGGUGUGAGACCUGGUGUGACGAUGCAUCUAAGCCUACCGCUAAGACAAUCGACCUGUGUAAUAACCCCAAGACCAAAGAGCCCAAGCUGAGUGCAGCCGUGCGCAUCGUGCCCGAGUGGUCCAGCUACGACAACGAGAUCAAACAGCUCCUGAAACGGGUACAAAACCAGAAAGUGGACGCAUCCCGCACAGGGCCGUCACCAUCCCCAACACCGAGCACAGGCACUCAACAGCGUGAUGAACUUUAGCACCUGUCCCAGAGGAAAUGGAGACGUUUGCACGUCGUCCUCCUGCACAGCUUCAGCUCAGCAACUACACAGAGAAGAGCGUUUCCCAUUAAACUGUACCUGAAAGUAUUAGACUGGACGUCAGCUUUGUGAAGACGGGAAGGAAACGGGAACACCAAGACUCCUUUCUUUUUUUUCUUUUUAAUAAAAAAGAAAAUCGUAUUUUUUUUUCUUUCUUUCUAUUUACGGAUGGUGGCGAAUGGAGCCCUUAAUUUAAAGGUACAGUAGGUAGAAUUUUCCAUUAUCGUAUGACAAGAGAACACAUUACAGAGCACUAGGCACCUAUGGAACAAUACAAGACGCAAAGGCAAAGAAGACCUGCUUUUUAUUCAGCGGUUGGAUGAUUCCAUCCGCAUGAUCUGCAGUGAAGUGUUACUUACUGUACCUUUUAACCCGUUCUCUCGUUUAGACGUCUGCUCUGCUGUAACAGUGUGGACAGUUGUCUUGUUAUACUUGUGGUCUAAGAUGAAUUGCACUAGGACGAAAAACAUACAUUCCUCAAAUCAUUCCAAGCUCACGAGAAGCUUUUCUGCUGGAUAAUGUUUACAAAAGAAGGAAACUGAGUCAAACUCUCUACAUCUGUUACUUUGGCUCUGUUACACUGGUUGAAAUGGCCAGCUGGAUGUUGAUCUGCAGAGAGGAAACCUAAUCAUAGUAGUACGAGUUGUUUCUGCUGGUAAAACACCAAUAUGAAGGAAAGAAAAUGAAAUCCAUGGGCAGAUGCUGGAGCUCCGUUAGUCAGCAGAGGAAUAUCAAUGCUGCGUCCCACUCGAGACCCUUCGGAACAGGGUACAGAGUAUUAGUGUUUCUUACUGUGUGAAUAAAUCACAUCAGUUCCCACAGACUCCCCUCUGCUGAGGAGAAAGGAGUAGGGCUGAACGAUAUUCCAGGCCUAUUUUUGGUUAAGAAGACCAGAACAUUCCACUUUUUCUGGCGUGAACCCUGAGCGCUGAGUGCAUCAGACUACCAGACUAGUUGUGAUGUCACACAUACAAAAUGCGUGUUUUGUUGCUUCUGAUUGGUCCCCAGCCAGUUCACAAGCUCUGUUUUAUUAGGUAAAAUUUCCUCAUUUAAAACUCGACACUGAGUGGGUUUACAUGCACUUAAUAAUCUGAUCAUAAUCAGAUUUCUGCAGUCAUCUGAUUAGUUAUAUGGUCAUGUAAACAGUAUACUCUGAUUUAUUAGAUCAGAAUAAGGUCUAGAAACCUGAUUAAGAAAUCCGAUAAAGAGGCUGGAUUUUAGCCCAGUAAUCAUUUCUCAGUGUGAGCUCUUACUCUGAUUUCUUUCAGAUUUCUCUGUCUGAGCAUGGGCGAAAACAGAACGUGGUACCGGAAAUAAGCGAGCAGCAAAACACUUUUUGAGCGACGCUGAAACCAAACACAUGCUUGACAGAAUGAAGGAUUUAAAUAUUCAUCUUCUAGAUGAUGCGUGUUGUGCAGCAUGAAGUUGGAGUUUUACGCUGCAUUUCCGUCACGUCUUCUUCUGCGAGUUUACUGGCUGGUUGCAAAGCAGAAAUCCGAUUACUGUCUGACUCAAAUGUAGACCUGGAGUUUCCACAUUAUCCGAUUACUCAAGCGCAUGUAAUGGUGUUGAUCGGAUUACUGACAAAAUCUGAUUUUCUGCAGUUAUCGGAUCAUUACGUGCAUGUAAACGCUCUUUGAUAAUGUAUACUAUAAUAAAAAUUGCAUUCUUUUAUAUCACGGUUUUGCUAUAAUAACAAAUCUUUCAGCUCCACUGAGGAGCUUCCAUUUCUCUAAGCCAGUGUGUUUUCAAGCUGUUUCUAGUGAAAAUGCGGUUUCGCUGCUCACUGUGCUGUCUGAGGGUAAGGAAAUACACUGGCCAAAAGUUUGUGGACACCUGCUCAUCCAAAGUGUUUUUCAAAAUGCAGAGGUGAAGUGUAUUUUCCUCCUUUGCUGUAGUAACAGCCUCUACUCAUCUGGAAAGGCUUUGCCCAACGUCAGAACACUGCAGUGAGGAUUUGAUUGCAUUCAGCCACAGAAGCAUUAGUGAGGUCAUGUACUGAUGUUGGAUGAUUAGUUCUAGAUCACAAACGUCACCUUAACUCAUCCCACAUGGAGCUCGGUCACUCCAGAGAACUCCACUACUCCACAGCCCAAUACCUUUCUAGCCCAAACUUGGCAUGACGACUUUAAACUGUCCAGUGUCUCAUUCUAUUGGUCAGUGCUUUUCUAUGCAGUUUAUACAAACUGUGUGUGUUUUGAACUCCUGUGCCAGCAGUGGGUGACCUUAAUGCAGCUGAAUUCACUAACAAGAAGGGGUGUCUAUAAACCUUUGGACAUGUGGGCCUUGAUGUGGGAGGAUGUGGAUUUUUCUCAGGAAUAAAGUGUAAUGUAAUUCC